AUGUCUACACCUCAGUCGACGCCCGCCACAACAACAGGGCCCAGACCCACUUGCACACCAGACCCGCCGCCCAUGUGUACCCCUAAGGCGACGCCCGUCACUAAAGCAAGACCCAGAUACACUUACGCACCAGACCCGACGCCCACGUCUACUUCUUAUAAGAUGCCCGUCACUACACCAGGGCCAACGUCCCCUACCGCACCAGAUCCGACGCUCAUGUCUACUCCUCAGGCUACGCCCGACACAACAACGGGGCCCAGAUCCACUUGCGCACCAGACCUACAUCUAAGAAGACGCACGCCACUACGCAGAGACCACGUCAACGUGCACAUUAAAACCGACACCCGCCACUACAACAGGGUUUAG